AUGGUUGCAUUCGCUCCCAUAGCUUUACAGACAACACCACCAAGCUUCUGCUCGAGAGGCUCUAAUGGAAACCAUAUCAAAAGUCCACCCUCCACUGGUGAUGAAGAGAAGGGCGCUGCAUGUCAGCAGGCAUCCACGAGCUCCAGGGGCAAUGCGGACUCAGAAGAGAUCUGUCUGUACUUCCUCAGAAAAAACUGCAGCUACAAGGACAAGUGCAUCCGGAUUCACUGGCAUUUGCCAUACAAGUGGCAGAUCUACAACAAAACAUGGACCAACCUCGCAAACAUGGAGCAGAUUGAAAUGGCUUUCUGUGACCCAGACAAUUCCAUCAGCUUUGAGCCUUCAUCCAUUAACUUUGAGACAAUGAUGUGCGGCUCUAACCCGGUAAGACGUCUCUCCACGGCCUCCUCGGUCACUAAACCUCCAUAUUUUAUCAUGACCACAGAAUGGUUAUGGUACAAGAAAGAAAAGUUGGGCACCUGGACUGAGUAUGGAUGCCAAGAUGACCACGCUCUGCCUGUAACAUCUGCAGACCUGGAGAAUGUCUAUUUGGCCAAUAAGGAUGACGAAAUGCCUAUUGUCAUAGGAGAAUUCAGCGACUUCCUGAGCUUUAAAGAAAUGUGCCAGAAAAAUGUGUUACAAGGUACAUCGAAUGAAGUGCGGAGGAGACCAAGAUUUAUCACUGAGGAGGAUGUAGAAAAAAAGAUCCAGGGCAAAUCACAGUCUGCACAAGUAGAAGCCAGUGCCUGUGAACCAAAAAACAUUCCUGAAAACUACAAAUCAGCUUUGUCAGACAUGGGAUAUCAGCGAGUUGCACUCUCUACAUUCUCCAAGGAAUAUGAAGAAAUACAGUCUCUUUUCCAGCAGACCAUGCCAACCGGCGCAAUCCAGAAAAUUGACCGGAACCAAAACCUUGGACUUUGGGAAAUAUUCCAGUGGCAGAAAGAAAGGAUGAAGAAGAGGGACAAUGGAAAGCCUGUAGAUGAGAGAUUCCUUUUCUGUAGCACAGACCCAAUGUUUGUUGAUGCAAUCUGCAACCAGAACUUUGAGUGGGGAAGCUGUGCACAGGUUGGGACUUUAUACGGAAACGGGAGGUACUUUGCCAGGGAUGCUUUGGAUUCCAAAAUGGACUUGUAUUCAGAUUUCACUGCAGACACUAGGUUCAUGUUCUUGGCACGCGUAUUGGUCGGAGAAUUCACUCAAGGACGCCCAGGUUAUCACCAACCACCACGCAAAGAUGGCAGAAACACCAAUCUAUAUGAUAGCUGCGUUGAUUUCCCCUCUGACCCAACUAUUUUUGUUAUAUUCGAGAAGUGUCAGAUAUACCCAGAAUACAUUAUAGAAUAUAUUGACUAAUACAAAUACACAAACUCAUUCCCUAUAUGUAGAA